CGGUGGUUAUGGAGAUGAGAUGGGACUGACACGGGGACCCUGUGUCCGGCACUCAGGAGCAAGAUGCCACGCAAGAUAGGGUUUGUGGUGGUCAGCUCCUCUGGCCAUGAGGAUGGCUACGGUCCCAAGGAGCUGAUGGUCCACGCCCCCACCGUCAACGGCUGGAGGUCUGCCAGGUACUGCCUGUACCCUCAGGAGGUCACGCUGCAGAUGGCGGAGCGUUGCCGCGUGCGUAAGCUGCAGCUGCUGGCCCACCAGUACCUCAUCCCGUCCAUGAUCGAGUUCUACGUGGCCGACCGCUCGCCCGACCCGCACGCCUCCGCAGGCCUCUCCGAACACUUCCGCAGGCUGGGGUACGUCUCCCUGUCCGACAACGAGAAGACGGGCUUCAGAGCGCGGGAGCUCAAGUCUGUGCAUGUGGACGCCGUGGGAACCUACCUGAGGCUGACCUUCCACCGUAACUAUGACAACCGAUACAACCCGUACAACCAGGUGGCGUUGGUGGCCAUUAAUAUUUUGGGAGACGCUGUGGAUCCCAAUGAAAGCUCCAUUAUUCCAACCAGGGAGCAGCUUAUUGAGCAGUAUCUGAACACCAGCCACCAGGAGUCUCCCUUGGACAGCUCCUAUUCAGGUAAGCAUGAGAGCAGCUCUCCGCUGGAUGACCUGGCGUUCGCGAUGUACCAGGACCCAGAGGUGGCCCACAUCAUUCGGCUGCUGGACCAGCAGAAGCAGGACAUGGUGCGGCUGGAGCGCUACGACAACGCCAAGCAGCUCAAGCAGGCCAUCGCCGACCUGCAGAAGGUGGGGGAGCACCUGGGUCGGUAUGAGGUGGAGAAGCGGAGCGCUAUAGAGCGGGAGGAUUACGACACGGCCAAGGAGCGCAAGGAGACCAUGGACGCCUACCGCCUGCGUGUGUAUCAGCAACUACAGCUGCACAGCCUGCUGCAGGAGGGACAGCUGGAGUUCCUGGUUGAUGGGUCUCCUGAUGCCUCUGAGGUUGCGUCUCCGUGUGUCCACCCCAGGAAGCCCCCCUCUCUGCCCCCCUCUCUGCCCCCCUCCCUGCCCCCCUCUCUGCUGCCCCCGGUGGUGUCUCUGAGCGGCCGGCCAGAGCAGCCCGUCUCCUCCAAACUCUCCAGCCCCGACGAGACCCCCAGCGUCACGCCACGCCGACCACCACUGCCCCCGCUGGCCGAUGUGAGCUGUCUGCCGUACGAUGAGCGGCCCUUGCCCACCCAGCAGAGGCGAGAUCCUCUCGGCCAAUCAGAGGAGGCCCCGCCCGCUCCGCUCGGCCAAUCAGAGGAGCCCCCCCCCACGGGCCCCCCCCCCCAGCACAGCCCACGCAGCCCUGCUGCCCCCCCCGGGGAACCAGAACCCCUCACUGAGCGCGCCCAGAGAGAGGCCAGCCUGCCCAUAGAGGUGUAUGGAGACAGCCUGGUGGCGGGGGCGUACUCUAAGACCUGGUCGUACAGAGAGGAUGCGCUGUUGUGCGUGCACAGGAAGCUGUCAGAGGUGCCGUGCGGCGCGUCCAAGAGUGAGCUGCGGAGCCUGAUGAGGGCCGCCGUGUUCCUGGUCAAGAAGGCGCUGCUGGACAAGGUGUCAUCGGUGUUCCAGGCGUCUCUGAAGCUGCUGAGGCUGCUGCUGACCCAGUUUGUGUGUGAGCAUCACCUGGGCCGUGCAGAGGUGUCCCACUGCGUGGAGCAGAGCCUCCCCCUCCUGAUGGCCCGCACCGGCGACACACACACACGUCUACGCACCUCCGCACUGGCCUUCAUACAGGAGAUGGCGCUGUUCAGGGAGGUGCGAGCGCUGCAGGUGGUGCCGGCGGAGCUGCUGAGGCCUCUGAAGGGGAACGUUCCGGCACGUCUGGCCCUGGGCCGCGCAGAGCUGCUCCAGCGCCUCCUACUGGACAUGGGCACACGCGACUCUGGGCUCACCCUCGACAACGUCAUGAAGUUUGUGGCAGGAGCCCUGGAGCACAGCGCCUCGUCCGUCCGAGAUACGGCCGUCAAGAUCGUGUUCACCAUGUACGGUCUCCACGGCGACGCCGUGCUGAGCUACCUCCCGCCGAACGACGCCAGCACGCGCAAGAACGUCCUCUACAGGAGCAUCUUCGACGGCUUCGCCAAGAUGGACGGCCGAGCGUCAGACGCCCAGGCCGUGGGUAAAGCUGAGGAGGAGAACGCAGAGAAGGAGCGCGAGGAGAUCAGAAGCCUGCAGGAGCAGCUGGCCGCCCUCAAGGAGAUCAGCGAGAAGGGGAAGGAGAACGCCAAGGCCCAGGAGAGGAAGGCUGAGAAGGCUGCUAAGACAGGAGGGAAGAAGGCGACUCAGAGCAGCCCAGGGGCCACGGAGGGACCCCAGCCAGCCAGCGCUAGCCUCGACAAUCUGUGUAUAUUCUGUGGGGAGAAGGACCUGUCCUUCACAGAGGAGGGGCUGGACCUGCACUACUGGAAGCACUGUCCCAUGCUCAAGCGCUGUGUGCAGUGCAGACAGGUGGUGGAGA